AUGCAGUGCGGUCUUGGCGGGCCGCGGGGCCACUGCGCAGUCGUCAACAACACGAUUGACGCCCAUAUAAGACCCCCCCCACCGCCCCCGAUUCCAGUCACAACCCCCAGUCCUCCACAUUAUGCUUCUCCACACAGUCCUGCUCAGCACUCUGAGCGCCCUCGCGCUCGCCCGCUCGCCCGCUCGCCCCCGCACCCGAACCCCGACCCAAACCCGUGUCAGCCAACAGACGGCGAGCUGAUCAAGGCGACCUGGAUCGCCCCGCGCACGUUCCCGAACUGCGGCUUCGCGGGCGUCGGAUGUGGUUCGGCCCUGGGCCCAAAUGGAAAGAGACAGUACUACUGCGCGCCCUUCAAGGCGGCAUGCUGCCAGCGCGCACCCGAGCCGCGCGAGCGCCGUUCGCGUGUCCGCAGGCAAGACACCGAGAGCGUCGACACGGCUGAGGAGCAGGCCGAGGCGGACAAGCAGGUCCAGGACGUGAGCAAGGAUCGCGAGGAUGACGGCGAUAACGGCGACGAGGACGGGGAUGACCAGGGUGAGGACGGCGACGAGGGCGACGAGCCCCUCUUCGGCAAGCCGGAUGGAAAGCGCUCGUACUGUCCUGACGGGUGGUGCAAGCGCCGCCCUAAUGCUACGGUCAACACGAACGUGCCUGGGAGCACGAAGACGGAGACGUCGUCUGCGACCUCAUCCUCAUCAACUAGCAAGCACGUCUGGCCCGCUUCAUACCUCGGCACGAGCGUGACACUUGUCAACACCAUUAUGCCCGUGAAGCCGCCCGUGAAGCCGCCCGUGGAACCCACGACCACGGCACAUGUGAAGAUUGACUAG